AUGAAAGAAGCAAUCGUAUCCAGUGGCCCAAAAGUGAAUAUCAUCGACAGUCCGAUUCCCAAAGCAGGGCCUGGGCAGGUUGUCACCAAGAUUGCUUUCGCUGCAAGCAACCCCAAAGAUUGGAAACGACCGUUGUAUUGGGGAGCCAAAGGUACUGGAAACCAAGGCGAUGAACAUGCUGGUGUCGUUCAUGAGGUUGGCGAAGGGGUGUAUGAGUUCAAACCCGGUGAUCGUGUUGCCGCGAUGCAUGAGAUGAAGACGCCUGGUGGGAGUUAUGCUGAGUAUGGUGUAAGUCCUGCUUAUACUACAUUCAAGUUACCAGACAACACUUCCUUCCAAGAGGGCGCUGCAAUACCACUCACUGCACUCACUGCUGCUUGCGCGCUCUAUGCGCGUCUCAAACUUCCAGAACCGUGGCUUCCAGUUCAAGACUCUGAACGGAUUCCCUUGGUUAUCUGGGGUGCAUCUUCAGCUGUUGGAUCAUAUGCAGUCCAACUUGCCAAACGGUCCAAUUUUCAUCCUCUCAUCUGCAUAGCUGGUCGCGCCCAAGAACAUGUGGAGAGUCUAAUCGACAGAAGCAAAGGCGACACGGUUAUCGACUAUAGAAAAGGUCGCAACGCAGUAAUUCAAGGAAUGAAAGAAUGCCUCGGAGAAAGAAAGCUUGAAUAUGCCUUUGACGCUAUAUCCGAGGGAGGUUCAUACCAGACUAUCUGCGACGUUCUUGAUCAGACUACUGGCAAGAUCACUCUCAUCAUUCCUGCACAGAGUUACUCGGAUAUUCCAAAGACGAUUACCAAGUCUGUCACUACUGUCGCGAGUAUUCAUGAGGAUCUGAAAGAUUUUGGGUAUGUUUACACGAGAUAUUUCAGCAAGGGGCUUGAGGAUGGUUGGUUGAAGGCACAUCCACAGGAGGUGAUUCCAGGUGGAUUGAAUGGUAUUGAGGAGGGUUUGGUGAAGUUGGAGAAUGGGACGGCUAGUGCUGUUAAAUAUGUGUACAGGAUUGCGGAUACACCUGGUGUCGAGUCGUGA